ACCACAUCCAUACCGGCUGUGCACUACAGAAGAUCCUUCAGCAACACAGGGAACUCGGGAAUCAGCAGAAGUAGGGGAAAAAAAGGCAGCUGAAUAAAAAAAAAGUGGUUUGGUUUUUAGUAAUUUGCAUUAUCCAUGAGGCUAAUUAAUUAAAAAAAAAAGUUAACAUGGAUUUAGAGAACCCGCAGGAGAACCUGAAGGCGCUGUUGGAGUGUUUAAGUUUUAUAAACAGCACAUUCCUGAACAGGAGUCUGGACCUGAUUGACAGUAACAGCACCUGUGAAGAAGAGCACUUUAACCCCAAAGACCGACCUGCACGACCUAAAGAAAUGGGUUCAGUGCGGAUACUGCUCUAUUCUGUGAUAUUCCUGCUCAGCGUAUUUGGCAACCUGCUCAUCAUUGUGGUUUUGGUAGUGAAUAAACGAAUGCGGACGGUCACCAACUCCUUCCUCCUCUCUCUGGCUGUCAGUGACCUGAUGAUGGCUGUGUUUUGCAUGCCCUUCACGUUCAUCCCAAAUCUGCUGGAAGACUUCAUCUUUGGAGCUGCCAUGUGCAAGAUUGUGGCCUAUCUCAUGGGAAUUUCUGUCAGCAUAUCCACCUUCAGUCUAGUGGCCAUAGCAAUCGAGAGAUACAGUGCUAUCUGUAAUCCUCUGAAGUCCCGGGCCUGGCAGACUCGUUCCCAUGCAUACAAGGUUAUUGCUAUGACUUGGGCUGUGUCUUUCCUCAUCAUGACCCCAUACCCAAUCUUCUCCUCCCUUGUUAGCUACUCCAAACCCGACAAAGUCACUGCACAUAUGUGCCGCCAUGAUUGGCCCAAGGACCAAGUGAAGCAGGCUUGGUGCAUCCUGUUGCUGUUGAUUCUUUUUGUCAUACCUGGAGUUGUGAUGAUCAUUGCUUAUGGGCUUAUCUCCCGGGAGCUCUACUGCGGAAUACAAUGUGAGCUGGAGCAGAAGAAAGGCCAUAGUGGAACAAAGAAUGGUGCAACUGCAAUCAUCUCAUCUGGCAUUGAUCAUGGUGAUGGCUGCUACAUUCAGGUAUUGAAGCGACCUAACUCCAUAGAGAUGUCCACCCUCGCUCUGUCUGCCUCUGCCAAGGUGGACCGUCCUCGCAGCAACACCUCUGAGACCAAGCUCAUGGCCAAAAAGCGUGUGAUCCGCAUGCUGAUCGUCAUUGUGACCAUGUUCUUUAUCUGCUGGAUGCCCCUGUAUUCUGUUAAUACCUGGAAGGCCUUUCAUCCACCUUCUGCCCACAGGGCUCUCUCUGGAGCCCCAAUCUCCUUCAUUCAUCUCCUGUCCUACACUUCAGCCUGCAUCAAUCCCAUCAUUUACUGCUUCAUGAACAAGCGCUUCCGCAAGGCUCUGAUAACCACUUUCUCCUGCUGCUGCCGAUCAUGCCGCACACGACGCUUCAGUGAGGGAGAUGAUGAUGCCACUGCCACUGGGGCAUCUGUGUCUAAGUUUAACUACACCACUAUCAGCACCAUGGGACCAUGUUGAUUUCCAACAAAAGAGAGAGGUGGCUUGCUCUUACAUUGCUACCUAAAAUGGAAGAAGACAAGGAUGGAGAAGGUUCAGUGGAUGAUCGUUAGCUUAGAUUGAUGGAGGAUUAUCGGGGAAUGUGAAGGUUUGACUUUGCAGUGAUUGAUAUUGUGCUGCUAUAUGAAGUUAAUUCUGUUGUAUUAACAGUAAUAUCUGCAUGCUAAUUUAUCACAUAUUGUUGUUUUGUAAUUUGUGAUUACCUAUAC